CAUUAAAGAAUGAACGACACAUCAGUCACUGACCUCACAGAGUCAACAAUUGAGCGGUCAGUAAAACUGGCUGAAUCUGACUAACCAGGAGGCAUCAAGCUUACAGAACAGUGGACUUACCUUCCUAUGGUUUAGAUGAGUCUGCAAAGAAACCACAUUGAUGGACUGAAGGACAUACAUGGACCCAGUUCUGUGGUGUCUGAAAGAUAAGAACAACAGGAUAUGCUCAUUGGACAGAAGUGAUAUGUUUGAGCCUCCUGCACCAUGCAGUCAACAGGGUUGCUCUUUUCUCACACGUUUGGGACUUUUUUAAAUUUAUCAUGAUGCUAUUUUUGUCCGUUGCACUCCCAAAGUUCCCAGCCAACUGAUUUUGACGGUGACGACAUGUCUCUACCCAAGCAGAGGAAAAUCCGGACUUUUGCUCUGCUGUUCUGCGUCAUUACAUUUACGACGUUCCUGUUCAGUUACACUUUCCGGGACCCCUCACUCUACUUCUUCAAGUACGCUUUUCGUCUGUCAGACAACUUUUUCUCCAAAGGGCUAUGCGCCUGUCGACAUUGCAUGACGGAGCUGGAGGACGACCCCUGGUUUGCCGAGCACUUCAAUCAGUCCAUCCACCCUCUGAUGACCAGGGAGAACAGCAUCCUCUCCGAUGAAACCUUUAAAUGGUGGCAGUGGUUGCAGUCAGAGAGGCAGCCGGCCAAUUUCAGCAGAGUGGUGGAGGAGCUGUUCCAAGUCAUCCCUGAUGAGGUGCUCUACAUGGACACCAGCCCAGAGCGCUGCAGGACCUGUUCCGUGGUGGGGAACUCUGGGAACCUGAAGGGCUCCCAGUAUGGCGGCCUCAUCGACUCCAGUGAUUUCAUCAUAAGAAUGAACCAGGCUCCCACCACUGGUUUUGAGGAGGAUGUGGGUGCCAGAACAACACAUCAUGUUAUGUACCCAGAAAGUGCCAUAGACCUGGACAACACCACCAGUCUGGUACUGAUCCCUUUCAAGACUUUGGACCUACAGUGGAUCCUUAGUGCCCUGACAUCGGGUACCAUUAAACACACAUAUAUACCUGUUACGUCCAGGAUUAAGGCAAACAAAGAUAAGGUGUUGAUUUACAGUCCCACAUUUUUCAAAUACGUCUAUGAGUCUUGGCUCGAGGGUCAUGGACGAUAUCCUUCCACUGGCUUCCUCAGCUUAUUGCUUGCUAUCCACAUAUGUGAUGAGGUCAGCGUGUUUGGAUUCGGUGCAGACCAGUACGGAAACUGGCACCACUACUGGGAGGAGAACCAUUUGGCUGGAGCUUUCCGACACACGGGAGUCCAUGAUGGCGAUUACGAAUAUAAUGUCACCCUGCUGCUGGCAGACAAACACAAAAUCCGAAUGUUUAAAGGCAGAUGAUACCAAGCCCAUAUGUGCAAUGGGAUGAUCACCAAGUGAACCUUUGUUUGUUUUUUUCUUCCUAUUACGCUGAAAGACAUUGUCAAAGGGGAUCUUCUUGUAUGUCUUCACUUUUGUUUAAGAGAUGACAAACCAAUAGAGUUUUUGUCUCAAGACAAAAGCAACACUGCCACUGGUUUCAGCAUCCGUAAUCCCAACUCAAAUGCAUCUGAGAGUAAACAAGAAAAGAGAAGAUGUCUUGUCAAAGCAUGCAUACUUGCUAUACAUAAAAGCUUUAGUACUACGUGUAUACUCUGAAUGUUCUCUUUUCUAUAAAUGGUUAGCAUUGUGGCUACUGGAAGCUUUGUAUUAAUGGUCAUUGGCACAAAAUAAGCCGUGUUGACAGCAGUAGUCAAAAUGCCACAGUUUAUGAUGUAUACACAUAGCAAGGGUUAUUUUGUGCAUCAGUUCAUCAUUGUAAUUCAUGCGUCACUUCGAGCGUCUUAUUGUCUGCUGAUCUAAAAUGUGUGUAUUGGAAGCAGUUCGACUCCAAACCUUUAAAGCAUUUUAAUGAGCUUGACAAGAAAACGCACAACUGACUAUACUGUAAAUAUCACUCAAGUAUGAAUUAUCACCAUAUGGCAGUGAAGGUGUUUUGUAUUCUAAUAAAGGCAGGUAUGAGAGAGAAUCAGAACUUUUUUCCAUCACACAGACCAAAUUCUCAUAAACUACCUGCACUACCGAGCUACUUGUAUCUUUUAUGUCUGAUUGCAGCUGGAAAGCCAAGAGACACUUAAAAUCAAAUCCAAAAUCAGCCCCAAAGAAUAUAUUUAACUAUAGUGUCACAUAGAUUUCCCACAGGGCCAUAGCCAGGGGUUUACAAAUGCUUAGCCUCCCACCAUAUUUUAUUUAUUCAUUAAAUAUUUCCUGUGAAUUUAAUUUCUCAAAUAGAUGGUCAAAAUUGUGUUUCAAAGUCCUCUCCACAUUGCCAGAAAUUAAAUUUUGGGAAAUAAUCUUUAGUAUAUAUUAUUUUUUUGUUGUCAUCAAGUUUUGACAUAUGGAGUAAAAAAUACUAAAUACUAAUACUAAAAUCCAAAUCUUCAUCUUCAUCAUCAUGUACAUCGAGAGCGUUGCUUUGGGGAUGGCAAUGUUGGUGGGCCAGUCGCUCCAGGAAAUAUUCAUAAUCCCCAGAGGACGAACCCAAAUAACUUCCCAGACUCUGGGACUUUUCCUCUAGCAAGUUGACAUUUGUGGUUUUCAGUGACAUUAUUUAUAGUUAACUAUUAAAUGGAUUGCAGUGAAUUUUGAUACACAUUCAUGUUCCCCUCAGGAUGAAUUGUAACUUUGGUGAUCCCUUUUCAUCUAACUCCAUCAUUAGGCCAAAAAUGCAAUUUUUUCGAGUUAUAUCCAAAUACCAGGCAAGCUAAUGAGAUUCCCAUCAGCCUCUGUUGUUACUUACAUGGUGAACAUGGUAAACAUUGUAUCAUAGAUAAAGCAACGUAGAUAUCUCAUUGGUCGCUUAUUGGGGAGGUCAAGAUCUAACAAUACUGUGAGAUGCAGACUUCACUACAAAACUGUAACUUGCUUAAUUAAUUAAUUAACUAAUUUUAAUGAAAUGUGGUUUGUUAGGGGUUAGGGGUCAGGGUUAGAAAGUGAACAUGAUAAUGGUUACUUGUUGGAAUGAAUUCAGUUACUGGGGGCAGAUCUAAUCUGCUUUAUGCCAAAACAUGAACCUUCUGAACAGCCACGACCUCCACUGGGACAUGCAGGCAACAUCAAGUAUAAAUUAGAUUGGGUUAGAUUUUUUUUCAGUCAGUUUCUCCAGUAGUGUAGAUUUCUAUAUCUGUUAUACUGUUACAAAGCAAAGCCUGGUUGCUUGUUUUUGUAUUUUGGUCGAUUAUCUACCACCAUUGCUGAUUCAGUGAUUGAGCAGACUUUUAAAAACUAGACAGAGAUUUAUUUCAUGGUAUUUUAGGUUUAAACCAUAGUCUAAUAAGGGCACAACCUUUGACUGAAUGUGUGCCUUGUAAGAUCAUCAUUAUUUUCUAGUAAACUUAAAUCUACUGAUUCUUUGUUGGAUCUCUCUUUAGAAACUCGUGGUGUGGACAAGAACUGUUCAAACCCAUCUUAUUUGAAAGAUUUUUUAAAUAUUGUCAAAUGUGCAAAAAUGCCAAAAAAAUCUUUUCUGUAUAAUUUCUGAAUCAUUUCUAUAAAAUUACAGCUGCAUAUGCAAAAAUGUGAAAUUUGUCUACAGGAACAGGGACUCUUGACUGUUGUCUUUCACAAUAUGGCAACCAUGCAGACACAUGUCAAAUCGAUAAUGUGGUAUCUACGUUUCUAUAUCUAUGCAUUAUAGCUUUCACAUCAGCAUGUUAGCAUUGUAAUCAUGAGCAUGUUAGCAUGCUAUCAUUAGCAUUUAGCUCAAAGAAGUGCUGUGUCAGCAUCAGUACAGCCUCACAGAGCCGCGAUACUCUUAUUCUUCUUCAUCUUAGACUCCUAUUCUUGUUCAAGAUUUUGGGAAUUUAAACUCCCUCAAAGGUAGGAGCAAAACUGAAAGAAAUUUAGGAUUAGGAUUACGCAUAAUUUUUAUUCACAUCCUUUUAACCACAUGUGAGCAGGCUGUGAUAAAAAACUUUGUUUUUGGGGUUGAUUUCUGGAAUGUUCGUUGGCCCUAAAGGGCUCUACUGGAGACCCGGAUCGAGAGUUGUGCUAUAGUAAAGCCAUUGAUGAGAUUUUCAUUACUCAUUGUUCUCCAAAAAAUGAAUAGAAAGGUUUUAAGUGCUUGAGAACAGCAGGUUCUUUAUAGAUAUUCAUCAUGGGAACCUGACAUAUGAUACAGCCUAUACAGGGGUGCCUUAUCAUUAAAAUAAUGUUUUGUGUUUUUUUUUAUGUACAUUGUGACAUAUAUUUUUCAUUAAAAGUAGGUGUUAAGUGCCUUUAAUGGGAGUUCUAAGACUUCAUUUCACCAUCAAAUUGUGCUGUAAUUAUUCUCAUUAUUUCUAAAUUUGUCAACGACCUUUACAAGUUUAUGUUAUUGUUGUUUAUACAGUGUCAGUUUUAAAGGCAUGAUACAGUAAGAUUUUUUGUACAAGCCACAGAAGAAAAUGUUGGGUAUAUACAUGUAGGGUAUAUGUCAACAUCUUUGGCUGUGCAGGUUUGAUGAAACAUUGUUUUGUCCAGGCUGGAAAUUAUUAGCUUCACUUGCUGAACUUGUAGACAUGUGAAUACUGAAUGCUUUAUGACUUCAAGAAACACAGAAGCUCAUAUCUCCGUAUCAUCAGGAAUUGAGCUUGGUGGUGCUUAUCUAACAGACUAUGAUUUGCUCCAUGUGCCUUGAAACAUAAUGGGACAUUUGCCUGGUCAGUGUCUUCAUGAUCGUUUUUUCCUCUCCAUGCGAGAGCACGCUGAUAAGAAGAGAAGCCACAAUAUUUGUGAUGUCAGAUUUAUCAGCCACCGUGUAGACGACAGCAGUGUACAGUUGUUCUGCAGGGGACACUGUCACCUAGUGGACAAGCACAUGUAUCAGCAUUAACAGCACUUGAUUUGUCCAUUAUAUGACUUAUGUGGUGACUCUGUGUUAAGUGACACUUUUAAAACUGUACUCAUUGUUUAAUAUUCAAACAUUAAUACAACGUCUGUCAUUCACAUGUAUUUGAUCUACUUGUCCAUCCAGUUGAAGUCUUUAUUGUUGAAUACAUGCUACAUAAAACCCCAUUAAAGCAGCACCUUCAGAAAAGUCUUCUUUUUUAGUUUGAAGAAGUUUCAGGUCAUUGAUACUGACUUGUGUGGGAGAUAUGCAUAAUGCAUAUCUUUUAUUCAGUGGAAUCCCACAGUAAAAAACAAUUAAAAAAACAUACAUGGAGCUUUUUUUGCUGAAAUGUGUGAAAAGGACAAGGAGAUUAAUUAACUAUAAAUAAUACAUUUCAGAAAGUUAUGCAGAUUAUGUGUGGGUAAACUGUAAUUUAGAUGGUUAGCUUGUAUACUGACAGGUAUUCACAGACCCCACUGAAAUGUUAUAUACAUCCCAGUUUAAGAUAAAUGAUUUAAUUUAACAACAAAACAUGGAUAAUUAUAAAUAAAGAUUGUAUGCCUCAUGGCAACAUCUUUGAACGUAUUUCUCUUGUUUCUGAUGUUUUUCCUCAUGGAUAUUCAUCUCAUGUCUUUGUUUUCUUUUAAAGGUUGAGCUCAGAACCAUGGUCAUUUGUCAGCUUUAAUUAGUGAGGGGGUGUUCAUUUGAGUGUCCCUCUCUAUGCAGUAAUCCAUUUCAUGCUACAAAUAAUGGACGUAUAAUAAAAGUGUGUGAAU